AUGUGGGACCCACCGCCCGACCCUGACCACCCUUCCCAGCAGCCCACGAGCCGGAGGAGUUCCCAGGGCUCGGAUCGGCGGCCCAGCUGGGACUCUUCUCAACUCCAGCCCUCAGUCCCAGAGGAACAGCCGCUGAUGCCGCUUGGCCCCCAGAUGCUGCCACAGCAGCAGGCUAGUCAGGAACUCUGGGCGAACCAUCCCAACCUGUCCCAGAUGUCCGAAGCUUUCCAGGCUCCAGAAGCCCGGAUGGGUAGUGUGGAGUACCCGAUCCGGGGUGCGGGCUACUCCCAGGAGUUCCAGCCCUAUUCUUACAUAGAUGAAAACAGGGGCCAGGGCCUCGAGCACAGGGCCAGUCUGCUGCUGCAGGAGGUGGACCAGGCCCAUGGCAACCUCCUCCAGCACCUGGAGUCAGCAUACCAGGACCCCCGGUCUGAACUCUUAGGCCAGUUCAACCCCUACCAAAGAGAGGACCUGCAGCUUGAGGACACCCAGCACCAGCCCUACGUGAGGAAUGACCCUGACAUCCACUACUUGCCCUCCGAGCUGGCCUUCGGGACCUAUGGUAUGGAGGUGCCGGAACCCGAGCCCCGGGAGCUGGCUGUGCAGAACGCCAAGGCCUACUUGCUGCAGACCAGCGUCAAAUGUGACCUCAGCCUGUACGAGCACCUGGUGAACCUGCUGACUAAGCUCUUGAACCAGAGGCCUGAGGACCCCCUGUCCAUCCUCGAGUCAUUGAACCGCACCACGCAGCGGGAGUGGUUCCACCCGAAGCUGGACACCAUGCGAGACGACCCCGAGAUGCAGCUCACCUACGAGAUGGCUGAGAAGCAGAAGGCGCUAUUCAUCCGGAGCGGUGGUGGUGAGGGCGAACAGGAGAUGGAAGAGGAGGUGACAGAGACACCAGUGCCCAACAUCAUGGAGACGGCCUUCUACUUCGAGCAAGCCGGCAUCGGCCUGGGCUCGGACGAGAGUUUCCGCAUCUUCCUGGCCCUGAGGCAGCUGGUGGAGCAGCAGCCCAUCCUCACCUGCCGCUUCUGGGGCAAGAUCCUGGGGCUCAAGCGCAGCUACCUGGUGGCUGAGGUGGAAUUCCGGGAGGGCGAGGAGGAAGGCGAGGAGGAGGAGGUGGAGGAAAUGAUGGAGGGCGCCGACGUCAUGGAAGCGCACGGCGAGGAGGAGGGCGAGGAGGACGAGGAGAAGGCAGCCGACAUGAUCCCCAAGUCCAUGUGGAAGCCGCCGCCUGUCAUCCCCAGGGAGGAGAGCCGCUCAGGCGCCAACAAAUACCUGUAUUUCGUGUGCAACGAGCCGGGCCGACCCUGGACGCGGCUGCCCCACGUCACGCCGGCCCAGAUCGUGCACGCGCGCAAGAUUAAGAAGUUCUUCACCGGCUACCUGGACGCGCCGGUCGUCAGCUACCCGCCCUUCCCGGGCAACGAGGCCAACUACCUGCGCGCCCAGAUCGCCCGCAUCUCGGCCGCCACGCACAUCAGCCCGCUCGGCUUCUACCAGUUUGGCGAGGAGGAGGGCGACGAGGAGGAGGAGGGCGGCGCGGGACGCGAUUCGUUCGAGGAGAAUCCCGACUUUGAGGGCAUCCCGGUGCUGGAGUUGGUCGACUCCAUGGCCAACUGGGUGCACCACACACAACACAUCCUGCCGCAGGGCCGCUGCACCUGGGUAAACCCUUUGCAGAAGUCGGAGGAAGAGGAGGACCUGGGGGAGGAGGAAGAGAAGGCAGAUGAGGGGAUAGAGGAGGUGGAACAGGAAGUCGGGCCCCCGCUCCUGACACCGCUCUCGGAAGAUGCAGAAAUCAUGCACCUUUCGCCCUGGACGGCCCGCCUGUCCUGCAGCCUCUGCCCGCAGUACUCCUUGGCCAUCGUGCGCUCCAAUCUCUGGCCCGGGGCUUACGCCUAUGCCACUGGCAAGAAGUUUGAGAACAUUUAUAUCGGCUGGGGCCACAAGUACAGCCCUGAAAACUUCAACCCAGCCCUGCCAGCCCCCAUUCAGCAAGAGUAUCCCAGCGGCCCGGAGAUCAUGGAGGCAACCGACCCCACGGUGGAGGAGGAGCAGGCCCUCAAGGCUGCCCAGGAACAGGCCCUGGCAGCAGCGGAGGAGGAGGAGGAGGAGGAGGAAGAAGAUGAGGAGGAGGACGUAGAUGACUGA